GUCAAGCCGAGUUUGCGGCUGCAAGCCAAAACGACAAGUAAGCGUUUCGCGCGGAGUCUUUCGCUCGUUUUUGUGAGCAGUUCUGUUAAACUGUGUUGUAGUUCCGGUGGUGUAAAUCGAAAAGAUGACGAUGUCAGCCGUAAACCCAUCCAGUCUGCUGCCCUUGGAGCUGAUCGACAAGUGCAUCGGAUCCAAGAUUCACAUAAUCAUGAAAAGUGACAAAGAGAUAGUGGGAACGCUACUUGGCUUCGACGACUUCGUCAAUAUGGUGCUCGAAGACGUUACGGAAUACGAGAGUACCCCUGAAGGCAGGAGGAUUACGAAACUGGACCAAAUUCUUCUUAACGGUAACAACAUUACGAUGAUGGUUCCUGGAGGCGACAUGCCAGACUCUUGAACGAAAAAUCAUCUGGGCCUUCAUUUCACAAUAUGCCUAAAGAAAUCAACUUUGCACUCAUUCGAAGAAUGUACAUAUGAGGAUAUUAAACAUGUCAUCCCCUUGUUUUCA